AUGUGUGUGUGUAUUCUACACACAUUACAGACCAGGACAUGGAUGUCCUCGUCAUAUACCAGCAGCACUUCGCAGCAAGGCGUAUCGCACAACGCUCUUGCAAUCAUCUUAGAUCCCACUGAGGUCAAUGUGUUUGAUGAGACUGUCAAGGGCACAGACACCAUCGAGCAUACCGCCUCUCCAGUCCAUCUCAAGGCAGACAAGGCAGACGAGAUCAUCUUCCCAGCGAUAUUCGGUGCUUCACGCAUGAUUGGGCCCGCAUUUGCACAUGGCAGCUCUGUCAAGUCUAUUCAUAUCGAUAAGGUUCUCUGA